AGUUUUUUUAUAUUUUCUCUCUACUUAUUAACUUCUUAUAAAUUCCAAUAAGUUGUUUAUAUACUACUACUAUAUACUAUAAUAAUAUAUAGUAAUUGUUUGUUACAUAAAAUAAUAAUAAUAAUCAUAUUGGUGUAGUCGUCUAAUAAUUAGAUAAGUGUCCAAUGGAAGGUGGAAUACACCCAGCUGAUGCUUCGGCUUUCAGAGACUGUUUUUCGCUAGCAUGGAAAAAUCCUUAUAUUCUUCGACUUGCUUUCUCUGCUGGUAUAGGUGGACUACUUUUUGGAUAUGACACAGGGGUGAUAUCUGGAGCCCUGCUAUACAUCAGGGAUGACUUUGAGUCUGUGGAUAAGAAGACUGUUUUACAGGAAAGCAUAGUGAGCAUGGCAGUUGCAGGAGCAAUCAUUGGGGCGGCAAUAGGAGGGUGGCUAAACGACCGUUAUGGGCGGAGAUUUGCACUUUUAUUUGCGGAUUUUCUAUUCUUCAUUGGAGCUGUCCUCAUGGCCGCUGCACCCAACCCUAGUGUCCUUAUCAUGGGUCGUAUUUUCGUUGGAUUUGGAGUGGGAAUGGCAUCAAUGACCUCCCCCUUGUACAUAUCCGAAGCUUCUCCAGCCAAAAUCCGAGGCGCUUUGGUCAGCACAAAUGGGUUUUUGAUCACUGGAGGCCAGUUUCUUUCCUACCUCAUCAAUUUGGCCUUCACAAAGGCACCGGGAACAUGGCGUUGGAUGCUUGGAGUUGCUGGGGUCCCUGCUCUCUUGCAAUUUGUACUCAUGCUUGCCCUUCCCGAGUCUCCUCGUUGGCUUUAUCGCAAGGGUAGGGAAGCAGAGGCGAUAGCGAUACUAAAAAAGAUAUAUCCUGCGGAAGAUGUUGAAGCAGAAAUCGAAGCUCUCAAGGAUUCAGUUGAAAAAGAGGUCGAGGAAACGGGUUCAUCCCAGAAAAUCGAGAUGGUCCAACUAAUGAAAACAAAGACCGUUAGGAGAGGUCUUAUAGCUGGGGUAGGGCUUCAAGUUUUCCAACAAUUUGUGGGAAUCAACACCGUUAUGUACUACAGCCCGACCAUUGUUCAGUUAGCCGGCAUUGCAUCAAACCAAACCGCCCUCCUUCUGUCGCUCGUGACAGCCGGUCUAAAUGCCUUGGGCUCGAUUGUUAGCAUUUAUUUCAUUGACCGGACCGGGAGAAAGAAACUUUUGGUAAUUAGUUUGAUCGGUGUUAUACUCUCGUUAGGACUUCUUUCGGCUGUUUUUAACGAGACCACGUCUCAUUCACCACCUGUUAGCGUCGCUGAGACGUCUAACUUUGGAAACUUCACCUGCCAUGCUUUCGGGUCGGUUACCCCUUCAGCUCACUGGGAUUGUAUGAAAUGCUUAAAGGUUUCACACUGUGGUUUCUGUGCUUCAUCUGUUGAUAAGCUGCUACCUGGUGCUUGUUUGAUUGCAAAUAACACGGUAAAGGAUACAUGCCACAACGAUGGACGAUUAUGGUACACUCGUGGCUGUCCAAGCAAACUCGGGUGGCUUGCACUAGUUGGUCUAGCCCUCUACAUCAUAUUCUUCUCCCCAGGGAUGGGUACCGUCCCAUGGAUUGUCAACUCUGAGAUAUAUCCGUUAAGAUACCGAGGUGUAUGUGGAGGAAUAGCUGCAACUGCAAACUGGAUUUCAAACCUCAUUGUGGCACAAUCCUUUUUAUCAUUGACUGAAGCCAUUGGUACUUCAUGGACUUUCUUCGGUUUUGGGGUGAUAUCAGUUGUAGCGUUGUUGUUUGUCAUCAUUUUCGUGCCAGAAACUAAAGGUCUGCCAAUUGAAGAUGUUGAAAAGAUGCUUGAAGAAAGGGCAUUUCAGUUAAAGUUUUGGGUCAAAAGGCCAGAGGUUGUGAAGAAGCCGAUUGUUGUGAAGAAAACUUCCGACGUUUGAAUGAUAGUUUGCAAAAAAAAAAUGCCAUUGAUGCGUAUCAUAGAUAGUUAUAUGCAACGUCGUAUUAGUGAUAUUGAAGAUUCGAACUAGUUGGUAUUAGAUUACUAAUUAACGGGGAUUGUGUUUUAGGUAUCCCGUCGAAUGAAUUGUGUUUAAUUAAGAAAGUGCCAGUAAGAGCACAAUAUUGUAAUGUGCCAAAAGGCCUAAAACACUUUGGUGUCAUCAUUCGUCAAGUGUAAUUCACCGUUUGAUCGAGAAGUUAUUACUCGACGAAUUAUCAAGAUUAUCAUAAAGUGCAAUUUUUGCCCAUUAA